ACCAAAUCCCCCGCCGCUUCCUAAUUCCUAUCACGCCUCGCAGCCGCGAACCACAUCCCCGCGCACUUCCCCAACCCAAACGGAUAGCAUUUCGUCGAGCACCUCAUCUCCAAUGGCCACCACCGCCUCGUCUCUCUCCGCCCUCUCCCCCGCCCCCGCAGGCGGCGGCGGCGGCAAGCGCUUCGUCGUAUCCUCCCCGUCCCUCUCGUUCUCCUCCCUCCGCCGCCGCCUGACCACCCCCGCCGGCCUCCGCCUCCGCGCCGCGGGCUCGGAGACAAGGAGGAGGGCGGCGUCCGCGGUGGUGGCCGCCAUCGCGGUCGGCGACAAGCUCCCCAACGCGACGCUGUCCUACUUCGACCCGGCCGACGGGGAGCUGAAGACCGUCACCGUCUCCGAGCUCACGGCGGGAAGGAAGGCGGUGCUGUUCGCGGUGCCCGGCGCGUUCACGCCGACGUGCUCGCAGAAGCACCUCCCGGGGUUCGUGGAGAAGGCGGGCGAGCUGAAGGCCAAGGGGGUGGACGCCAUCGCGUGCGUGUCGGUGAACGACGCGUUCGUGAUGCGCGCGUGGAAGGAGUCGCUGGGGCUCGCCGACGACGUGCUGCUGCUGUCGGACGGCAACCUGGAGCUGACGCGCGCGCUGGGCGUGGAGAUGGACCUCUCCGACAAGCCCAUGGGGCUCGGCGUGCGGUCCCGGAGGUACGCGCUGCUGGCCGAGGACGGCGUCGUCAAGGUGCUCAACCUCGAGGAGGGCGGCGCCUUCACCACCAGCAGCGCCGAGGAGAUGCUCAAGGUGCUCUGAAAUCGCGGCGUCCGCGCUUGCUCCUCGUGUCGGUGUAGUGGCAAAUAACAAUCGCAUCUCCUUCGAUGCGAGCGUAGAGUCGUCGCUGUGGCGAGUUCUCUUUGUUGGGCGUUGCGUGCCAUAUGUUCGGUAAAAUGUCCAUCGAGAUUUGCAUA